GCAGAUUCAGGGAACCAGUAAAUCGUACCAUCUUUCGUCACAGGUCGUAUGACUGAAAGCUGAAAACAUAAACAUGGACAAGUACAUAAUGAAUAUAUUUUGUAUCGUUGUUCUGUUUGUUGUAUCGGUUUAUGGAGCAUGGAAACCUUGUGGUGGUCCUGCUACAGUGGCAAAAGUCCUUUGUAAUGGUGAAGAUGUAAACAAAAAAACAGAAUGCAUUUUGACCAAAGGGAAAAAUGCUACUCUUCAAGUUACGUUUAAAACAACUAAAGGGUACAAAAGUGUAUCAUCAGUUUGCCAUGGGAUAAUAGGAGGCGUUCCAGUUCCAUUUGAAGGCAUUGAUGAAAAGGGUUGCGAUGGAAUGAACCCAAAGUGUCCUAUUGCUGCUGGAAUUACUGAAACAUUCACUACAAACAUUUUUGUCAAAUCAAUUUACCCUUCAAUUCGGCUUGUAAUCAAAUGGGAAGAAGUUGAUGCCAGUUCGAAUGAGGAUAUGUGGUGUCUUUUAAUACCUGCCCAAAUUAAAUAAUAGUGUGAUGAAAAUCUGCUGAGAAAAGUGUUAUAUGCUAAUGACAGAGAAGUCAAAAUUUCUGUUUUUGUAUGGGUAUGUGUUGUAUGCACAUAGUAAGAUUUUAGAGCUAAUUUUGUAAUGUUUGCAAUGUUGAAUUCAGGAUAUUAUUUUUUUAUUUCUCAGAAUUAAUGAUAACUUAUUAAAAAUAUGCCUACUUUUAAACCAGCAUCUGAAGAUUACCAAAAAAGCAAGCUAAAUGAUGCUUUGCAGAGGUAUUAAUUUAUCACACAAAUUAAAGCAGAUGUCAGUUGCAUGCAUUUCCCAUGUAUGUGCACUAUAAUACAUAAAACAUCUUGCAUAAUAAUUUGAAAUGGUCCAAAAUAAAGUAUUAAGAUGAUUUUAGAUACAUUAUGAUUAAUUUCAUUCAAUUUCCUUCAUGCAGUGGUGUGCUAGCAGUAGUAGCCAGUAGAUCCACUGGAUUUGUUUUGUAUUCCAAUUUCUUUUAAAGAAUCUUAAAACAAAUAGAUCUGUAGAUAUGUGUAUAAUCUCAACUCCUUUAAUAAUAAGAUAAUGUUUAGAUUUUGUUUCGGGCAUUUUGAGUAACAGCCAACUUACUGAUAUACCUGACGUUGUACAAUUGGGAAAUAGAUUUUAGUUUUGUGUGCUUUGUUGGCAAAUAAAACACAGUUUUGAGUUCAGAUUCGAAGUAAUCUAAUCACGAAGGCAAAAGGUCUGAGUGAUUAAUUACGAAGCAUUUGUGCUAACAAAGCAAGCAAACCUAAAAUCUAUUUCCAUUCUAACAUAAUAUUAUUUGAAUUACACCAGGAAGGGAUACUAAUCUGGAAUCCCUUUUUUAGGCAUAAAUGGACUGAGUAAACUAGAAUAGCCAAACGUAGGUUAUUUUGUGAAAUGUGGUCGAAUCGACAAAACAAUACAUGAUAAAAUCCUUCUUUGUUUAUUUGAAAGUGUUAGUCUAAGAAUAGAAUUUAGUUUAUGCCAAAAUUAGAGAACACUGGGAACACCUUUUAUGUGAGACAAUUAAACAUGCAAUAAACUAUGAAAAUUUAUCAAUGUAUUUUAGUAAUUUUAGUCUUUUGUCUGUUUUGAUCUAAUCAAGUUUGUGGUGAAAAUAUUUAGGAAACAUUCAAAUGGUUUAAAGAAAAAUAUAAAUGUAGUCCUUUUGUCUAGUACUUAUUUGGUUUACGUGAAGAUUGCUGUGUCUGCACUCGCCUACCUAAACACUUUGAAAGAUGUAUUUAGCUUUCCUACCAAAUGAAUAAAUGUCACAUUGAUGAUUACACAUGCCUUGUAUGUUUUUGAUAUGUUUUGUUGUUGAAACAAUUUUUGCACCGAGUGUCCUUAAGUAUCUCGUGUGUUCAUUUUGAGAGUUUUGUUUCCUGCUUACAGUUUUAAGCCUAUUAUACGAACUCUCCAUAUAUUAUGCUAACUGAAUAUUGUAUUGUUAUGUGACAUUGAUUUGAUAUAUUUGUAUUUGAAAAGAGGUUUUACAUCUGUAUGUUUUACAGGUUAAUACUCAAUCAGUGGGUUUUCAGCAUUUUCUUAAGAUUACUUAGUUUAAUAGCGAGUUCCGCUUUGCAAAACCAAAUGUCGUGCAUCGGCAAAAACAACAUUACGACUCUGCAGUCUGAUUUGGAUCCAUGCUGUUCUUUUAUAAGCUGCAAUUGACAAACAAACAGUAUGGAUGUGUGUAUAAAUCAACAGUAUGGAUAUACACUGAUCUGAAUCAUUUAUAGACAGAUCGUUUGUUCAUAAGAUGUAAUGAAAUGUGCAAAACAACUCGCAUCUCGUAGCACUGGCUUGAGUAGAAUUCUGUCAGUAAAAUUGAAUGGACUAAAUGAUCCCAAAGAAUCAGAAAACAUAACAAUAAUGAAUCCAACCGUUUUACAGUUACUAGUAUGUAUACAUGGUUUGCUUGAACUGUCAUUGUACAAAAUCAGUCUUUUUUUGUAAAUCUAACUGGUUCAUUUAAGUAUGACAGCACAUGAAACUCCAUGAUGGGUAAAACAUUUUGUAGAAGUUGAUCAAAUUGUAUAUAAAUUAUGUAGAAAUUGUAUAUGUAGGAACUUUUAAAUUGUUAUUAAAUCACAAUGAUGCAGUAUGGCUGUUGCAUUUCUUGAUAAAGUGCUUGAUUUUAUAUAAUGAUUAUUUUUGUAAUAAAACUAUCCAGCAUGAA